AUGGACAAUGGUUCGCAAAUCCUCAGCGACUUUACGCGGGAACUGUUCAUCAUGAUCAACCACGUCGUCCUUUGCACAUCCCUUAGCUUGUUCGGCAUUGUAGGUAACACCAUCAACAUUGCGGUGUUUGUGAAACAAGGUCUCCGCAAAUCGGUCAACUCAAGCUUCUUCGCCAAGUCGAUCUCUGACCUGCUGGGCCUCAUGUUUCAGGUCUGGCACAACUUUUGCUUGAACCCCUACGUUGAAAAUCUGGACGCGCCCAUUGACUUCCUUGAUGUCCAGUACCUCACCGCCGGCUGGCCGAACUCCGUUCUCGUGGUAAUAACUGGCUGGAUAACAGUGUACAUCACGGCAGAACGAUGCCUGUCGAUCGCCGUGCCGCUGAAGAUAAAACAAAUUGUGACUCCAGGACGCACGGCUACCAUUUUAGUUUUCAUCUACGUCAUCAACAUUGCAGGGUAUUUGCCCCUUUAUUUCUCGGCCUACUUCAGUUGGAAUUUCUAUCCGGCCCAGAACAAAACAAAGCUUGGGAUAUCUUUCAGAAGUAACAAAAUAGAAAUUGAAAAUAUAAUCUUCAUUUUUCAGGCAGUACUGGCGAUACUUGCAUUCAUUUUUGUCAUCAUCUUCACGACAAUUUUGGUAGUUGAGCUCAAAAAGAAAUCAAAAUGGCGACGCUCAACGACAUCCGACAGAGAGCAGUCCGAGGCGAUGUCUUCACGAGAACGUAACACCAUAAACAUGGUGGUCGCUGAAGCCACUGUUCUGAUCGUCUGCUACACGCCCAGUAUCGCGUGCUCCAUAGCGACUUCCAUCACGCCCGACUUUGCCAUUACGGGAAAACAGUACAACUUAUUUCACGUGGCUUGGUCAUUCGCGUUUCUCUUCAACUCCGUCAACUCGAGCGUCUCGAGUCUCUUGUACUACAGGAUCAGCUCCAAGUACAAGAAAACGUUGCACGCAAUUUUCCCGCGG